GAUGCCAACUCUCUUUUCGAAACAGGUCCUGCUCCUUCUGGAAGUGAUUAUCUGAAUUUCAUUGCUUCCGAUGAAAGGAUAAUUCUUCCAGAGGACGAUGAGCUGGAUGCACACAGAGUUCGACCUAGGCCUACACUCCGACUGGGUCAAGCCGUGCUUUCUGAAAUGCUUUCUCAGUCUUCCUGUAGAUCAUCCCGAUACCGCCGAAGCAUGAGCAGUAUUCCAAAUCUACAGGAAACGUUAAAAGAGAGACAGGCAAGAUUUAGAGAUUCAAGGGAAAACCGAAAAAUGAAAAUUGACCCUUCAUACAAAUAUAUAUUUGAAAUUCUAGCAGAAAAGCUUGGCCUGGACUUAGUAACCAUUGAAGAAUUAAUUUUGGAUUGUCCUUCUCUGGACGCAUUUGCUCAUUUUUUUAUGAAAGAUGGUUGUAAGACAUUGAAAUUUUUGUACCAGGAAGGAGAUAUCCCUGGCCUUGAGUGUGGUCGAACUAUUGCUGGAGCAACCAAAGGGGGGAAAAUGAUGAGAUUAUAUAUAGACAAUGCAGCCCCGGAGAAACUAAAAGGAUUAUGUGUAUUUUUUGUUCGCUGUCACAAUGAUAUUGCUAUAAAUAUUAAAAAUAUUCAUGAGGAAGUGCUAUUUACUGUACUGGAUGCAUCAACAGGAAUCCUAAAUGGGAUUAAGAAUAUGCUGUCAAGUGUAUUCCUACCAGCUAUUCUUGCAACAAAUAAUUGGGGUGCUCUAAACCAGUCCAAGCAAGGAGAAUCUGAAAAACACAUUUUCACGGAAACCAUCAACAGAUACCUUUCAUUUUUAGAUGGUGCUAGAGUAAGUAUUGAGGGAACAGUUAUGUUAAAGAAGGUAGACAAUAUCGAUUUUUCCAAACUGCAUACAUUUGAAGAAGUGACAGCUGCAGCUAGCAAUUCAGAAACUGUUCGUCAGCUAGAGGAGGUGCUGAUGACAUGGUAUAAACAGAUUGAACAGGUACUUAUUGAGAGUGAGCAGAUGAGAAAAGAAGCUGAUGACUCAGGUCCACUCACUGAAUUGGAACACUGGAAACGCAUGUCAGCCAAAUUCAAUUACAUCAUUGAACAGAUUAAAGGGCCAACUUGUAAGGCUGUCAUAAAUGUGCUUAAUGUUGCACACUCCAAACUGUUGAAGAAUUGGCGUGAUUUGGAUGCAAGAAUAACAGAUACAGCAAAUGAAUCAAAGGAUAAUGUCAGAUAUUUGUACACUCUAGAAAAAGUAUGUCAACCUUUAUAUAACUAUGACCUAGUUUCCAUGGCACAUGGAAUACAAAAUUUGAUUAAUGCCAUCAGAAUGAUUCACAGUGUGUCACGGUAUUAUAACACCUCAGAGAGAAUGACUUCAUUGUUCAUCAAGGUAACAAAUCAAAUGGUGACGGCAUGUAAAGCGUGUAUUACUGAUGGAGGAACCGUCCACGUAUGGGAUCAGGAAACACCGCUCGUAUUAAAGAAAAUUCAGGAUUGCAUUUUUCUAUUCAAGGAGUAUCAGACAUCUUUUCAUAAAACAAGGAAACAGAUUUUAGAAUCCUCAGGUGAAAAAUCUUUUGAGGUUUCAGAAAUGUAUAUAUUUGGAAAAUUUGAAGCUUUCUGCAAAAGAUUGGAGAAGAUUACAGAAAUGAUAACUAUUGUGCAAACAUAUUCAGCCUUGAGUAAUUCCACCAUAGAGGGAAUAGAUAUUAUGUCAAUAAAAUUCAAAAACAUAUAUCAAGGGGUUAAGAAAAAACAAUAUGACAUUCUGGAUCCAAGAAGGACAGAAUUUGAUACAGAUUUCUCAGAGUUCAUGACAAAAAUCAAUGGUUUAGAGAUACAAAUACAAGCAUUUAUGAACAGUAGUUUUGGGAAAAUCUUAUCUUCUCAGCAGGCCCUUCAGCUGCUUCAAAGAUUCCAGAAGCUGCAAAUCCCCUGUCUUCAGUCAGAAAUAAACCAUACAAUUGAGCGUAUUCUUCAGUUUUAUGUGGCUGAACUUGAAGCUACUAAGAAGCUUUAUCAUUCUCAAAAAGAUGACCCUCCUCUUGCUCGCAACAUGCCCCCUAUUGCAGGAAAAAUACUUUGGGUGAGGCAGCUCUAUCGACGGAUAAGUGAACCCAUCAACUAUUUCUUUAAAAACUCAGAAAUUUUGUCAAGUGCGGAAGGUAAAGCUGUCAUUCGUCAGUAUAACAAAAUUUCCUAUGUUCUGGUGGAAUUCGAGGUGGUCUAUCACACAGCCUGGAUCAGAGAGGUCUCGCAGUUACAGUAUGCUUUACAAGCCACACUUUUUGUGCGACACCCAGAAACCGGGAAGUUGCUGGUUAAUUUUGAUCCCAAAAUUCUGGAAGUUGUUCGGGAAACUAAGUGCAUGCUAAAAAUGAAGUUGGAUGUACCAGAACAGGCAAAGAAAUUGCUAAAAUUGGAAAAUAAAUUGAAAGCAGACAAAUUGCAUUUGCAGGGUCUUCUGCAGUAUUACGAUGACUUAUGUCAGGAAGUGCCUUCGGUGUUUGUCAAUCUAAUGACCCCUAAAAUGAAAAAGGUGGAAUCUGUGUUGAGACAAGGGCUCACAAUAUUAACAUGGUCAUCUUUAACACUGGAAAGCUUCUUUCAAGAAGUUGACUUAGUUUUGGAUAUGUUCAAUCAACUUUUAAAGAAGAUCAGUGACUUGUGUGAAAUGCAUAUUGAUACCGUUCUAAAGGACAUAGCCAAAACUGUGUUAAUUUCCCUGCCCGAAGGUGGUGCUACCAAAGUAGAAGAUAUGUUGACGCUCAAUGAGACAUACACAAAAGAAUGGGCUGAUGUUCUAAACCACAAAAGUAAGCAUGUGGAAGAAGCUGUCAAAGAACUUAUAUCAAUAUUUAAAAGUAUUUAUGAAGUUAAGGACAGUGGGAAAACAGCAAAACCAUUACCAGAACAGAGGAAACAUGUUGUUUUUGGAAGUGAAACAGAAGAGGAUGAAAGCAUUGAUUAUGAGGCUAAUAUCAUUCCUGAGGCUAAUGUUAAUGAUAAAGAAGAUGAAUUUAAGAAGGAAUGUAAAGAGGUCUAUGCUUUUUUCUCUCAUCAAUUACUAGACAGUCUUCAAAAAGCUACAUGGUUAUCUUUGGACACAAUGAAAAGGAGAAUAUUUGUUUCAAGCCACCAUGGACGAAGGCGAUCAGAAGAUGUUAUUUCCUUUAUAAAAACAGAAGUACAUCUUGCAAUUCCAAAUGUGGUAAUGAUUCCUAGUUUGGAUGACAUUCAACAAGCCAUCAACCGGAUGAUCCAGCUCACCCUGGAGGUCAGCAGAGGAGUGGCUCACUGGGGGCAACAGCAGACCCGUCACAUCAAGCCUGCCGUCACCAGUCCCAGCCGUACUGCGACUGAUGUGACCCCUGUAAACGCAGCAAAACCGGCCAAGAAGGAAGAGAGAAAAUGCAAAUUAAAAACAAUAAGAUACCAGGUUUCUGUGCAAGAUGAACUAGUUCAAGUGCAGCCAAAGUUUAAAAGUAGUCUUCUUGAGGCUGUGGAAGUCUUUUGUGAGGAUGUAAUGAACUUUGCAGAAUCAUAUGAGACGGAAGGACCCAUGGUUCCAAAUAUUCCGCCCCAAGAAGCUAGUAACAGGCUACAGAUAUUUCAGGCCAAUUUUGAUGAUCUGUGGAGGAAGUUUGUUACAUAUUCAUCUGGUGAACAACUUUUUGGAUUGCCUGUGACUGAUUAUGAGGUUUUACACAAAACGAGAAAAGAGCUCAACUUGCUGCAGAAGCUGUAUGGACUAUAUGAUACUGUAAUGAACAAUAUUAGUGGUUAUUAUGAAAUACUUUGGGGAGAUGUAGACAUUGAAAAAAUUAAUGCAGAACUGCAGGAAUUUCAAAACAGAUGUCGUAAACUCCCAAAAGGGCUUAAAGAUUGGCAAGCUUUUUUGGAUCUGAAAAAAAGAAUUGAUGAUUUCAGUGAGUCAUGUCCUCUGUUGGAAAUGAUGACCAAUAAGGCAAUGAAACAGAGACACUGGGACAGAAUCUCUGAGUUAACUGGAACCCCAUUUGAUGUGGAAUCUGAUUCUUUUUGUCUUAGAAAUAUUAUGGAAGCACCACUACUUAAACAUAAGGAUGACAUUGAGGAUAUUUGCAUAUCUGCCAUUAAGGAGAAGGAUAUUGAAGCCAAGCUGACUCAGGUGAUUGAAAAUUGGACCAACCAGAACCUGAGUUUUGCAGCAUUUAAGGGUAAAGGAGAGCUCCUUCUCAAAGGAACUGAAUCGGGAGAAAUUAUCUCCUUGAUGGAGGAUAGUUUAAUGGUCUUAGGUUCCUUACUAAGCAACAGAUAUAAUGCGCCAUUUAAAAAAACUAUCCAGAAUUGGGUGUAUAAAUUGUCUACUUCCUCAGAUAUAAUUGAAGAGUGGCUAGUAGUCCAGAACCUUUGGGUUUAUCUUGAAGCUGUCUUUGUAGGUGGAGAUAUUGCCAAACAGCUGCCUCAGGAAGCAAAGCGGUUUCAGAAUAUUGACAAGUCAUGGAUGAAGAUAAUGCAGCGAGCUCACGAGAACCCCAACGUGAUCAGUUGCUGUGUUGGAGAUGAAACCAUGGGGCAGCUUUUACCUCAUUUGCACGAACAGUUGGAAGUAUGUCAGAAGUCACUCACAGGGUAUUUGGAGAAGAAGAGAUUACUGUUUCCAAGAUUCUUCUUUGUAUCUGAUCCAGUUCUCCUGGAAAUUCUUGGACAAGCCAGUGACUCCCACACCAUACAGCCACAUCUCCCUGCAGUAUCUGACAACAUAAAUGAGGUGACAUUUCAUGCAAAAGACUACGAUCAUAUCCUGGCCGUCGUAUCAAGAGAAGGAGAAAAAAUUAUUUUGGAUGGUCCUAUUAUGGCCAAAGGUCCUGUGGAGAUUUGGCUUAUGGAUUUGUUAAAAAUGCAGAUGUCGUCCCUACAUAAUAUAAUUAGAUCUGCAUUCUACCAAAUCAGCGAUUCAGGAUUUCAACUCUUACCUUUCCUCAAUCACUUCCCAGCACAGGUGGGGCUUCUGGGAAUUCAGAUGUUGUGGACACAUGAUUCAGAAGAGGCUUUAAAUAAUGCAAAAGAUGACAGGAAAAUCAUGCACAUAACCAAUCAGAAAUUUUUGGACCUUCUAAAUACUCUAAUUAGUCAGACAACACAUGACCUAAGCAAGUUUGAUAGAGUGAAGUUUGAAACUCUGAUUACCAUCCAUGUGCAUCAGAGAGAUAUUUUUGAUGACUUGGUAAAAAUGCAUAUCAAAUCAGUUACUGACUUUGAAUGGCUAAAACAGAGUAGAUUUUAUUUUAAGGAAGAUUUGGAUCAAACUGUGGUGUCUAUUACAGAUGUGGAUUUUAUUUACCAGAAUGAAUUUCUGGGAUGCACUGACCGUCUUGUCAUCACUCCAUUAACAGAUAGAUGCUAUAUCACUUUAGCGCAGGCUUUGGGAAUGAACAUGGGAGGUGCUCCAGCAGGACCUGCGGGCACUGGCAAAACAGAAACUACGAAAGACAUGGGAAGAUGUUUGGGGAAAUACGUGGUUGUGUUUAACUGCUCAGAUCAAAUGGAUUUCCGAGGGCUAGGACGGAUUUUUAAAGGUCUUGCACAGUCCGGUUCUUGGGGCUGUUUUGAUGAGUUUAACAGAAUUGAAUUGCCUGUAUUAUCAGUGGCAGCCCAACAGAUUUAUAUUGUUUUGACAGCAAGAAAAGAGAGAAAAAAACAGUUCAUUUUUUCUGAUGGUGAUUGUGUUGAUUUGAAUCCAGAAUUUGGAAUCUUCCUAACAAUGAACCCUGGAUACGCUGGGCGCCAGGAACUACCAGAAAACUUAAAAAUUCAAUUUAGAACUGUUGCUAUGAUGGUUCCUGAUAGACAGAUCAUUAUGCGAGUUAAACUUGCAAGCUGUGGUUUUCUUGAAAAUGUUAUCUUGGCUCAAAAGUUUUAUGUUCUUUACAAACUCUGUGAAGAGCAACUUACCAAACAGGUUCAUUACGACUUUGGGUUGAGAAAUAUUCUAUCUGUUUUGAGGACACUUGGAGCUCAAAAAAGAGCCAGACCAGAAGACAGUGAGCUAAGCACUGUCAUGAGAGGACUGAGAGACAUGAACCUUUCCAAGCUGGUUGACGAAGAUGAACCCCUGUUCCUCAGCUUAAUCAAUGACCUGUUUCCGGGAUUACAACUGGAUAGUAGUACCCAUGUGGAGCUGCAGGCUGCCGUAGCCAACCAGGUUCAAAUAGAAGGUUUGAUUAACCACCCACCCUGGAAUCUCAAACUUGUGCAGUUAUACGAGACAUCUCUGGUCCGUCAUGGUUUGAUGACUCUGGGGCCCAGUGGUUCUGGGAAGACAACUGUCAUAACAAUCCUGAUGAAGGCAUUAACUGAGUGCGGGAGGCCUCAUAGAGAGAUGCGGAUGAAUCCCAAAGCAAUUACUGCGCCUCAGAUGUUUGGCAGACUGGACACUGCUACUAAUGACUGGACAGAUGGGAUUUUUUCUACUCUGUGGAGAAAAACGUUAAAAGCUAAAAAAGGUGAAAACAUUUUCCUCAUUUUAGAUGGCCCUGUGGAUGCCAUUUGGAUCGAGAACUUAAAUUCUGUGCUGGACGACAAUAAAACCCUCACACUAGCUAACGGAGAUCGCAUCCCCAUGGCCCCGAGUUGUAAGCUUCUAUUCGAGGUGCACAAUAUUGAGAACGCUUCUCCCGCCACGGUUUCCAGGAUGGGCAUGGUCUAUAUUAGCAGCUCCGCACUCAGUUGGAGGGCAAUAUUGCAGGCGUGGCUGAAGAAGCGCACCGCACAGGAGGCGACUGUAUUCCUCACUCUGUACGAUAAAAUAUUUGAAGAUACAUAUACAUAUAUGAAACUAAACCUCAAUCCAAAAAUGCAGCUCCUGGAGUGCAACUAUAUCAUGCAGUCUCUCAAUCUACUGGAAGGUUUAAUUCCCUCCAAAGAAGAAGGUGGUGUUUCAUGCGUCGAACAUCUUCAUAAAUUAUUUGUGUUUGGCCUAAUGUGGAGUUUAGGAGCCCUUUUGGAGCUGGAAAGCAGAGAAAAGCUUGAGGCCUUUAUACGAAAUCAUGAAAGCAAGUUAGACUUACCAGAAAUACCUAAAGGCACGAGUCAGACCAUGUAUGAGUUUUAUGUUACUGAUUAUGGACUUAUUGGCUGUGGGUACUUUGAUCCUUGCAGAAAGUUCAAACUUGAAGUAUGUGAGAUGAUUGCAAAUUUAGUUUCAGCAGGCAGAGUGCUGUGGCAGUGGACGAAGGUGAAGAUGCUGCCAACUCCUUCUAAAUUUCAUUACAUUUUCAAUCUUCGAGAUCUUUCCAGAAUUUGGCAAGGAAUGUUAACCAUAAAAGCCGAGGAGUGUGAUUCGAUAUCUGUUCUCCUAUCACUUUUCAAACACGAGUGCAACAGAGUAAUUGCAGACAGAUUUAUAACUCCUGAAGAUGAGCAGUGGUUUAAUAUCCAUCUUGUUCGAGCAGUUGAAGAGAAUAUUAACCCAGAUGUGACUUCAUAUAUUCUUCCUGAACCAUACUUUGCAGAUUUUCUCCGUGAGAUACCCGAACCAACCGGUGACGAGCCUGAGGAUACUGUGUUUGAAGUGCCCAAAACUUAUGAACUGGUCCCAUCCUUUGACUUCCUGUCUGAAAAACUCCAGUUCUACCAGAGACAGUUCAAUGAAAUCAUUAGAGGAACAUCUCUUGAUCUAGUGUUUUUUAAAGAUGCAAUGACACAUCUUAUUAAGAUUUCACGAAUAAUUCGAACAUCAUGUGGAAAUGCGUUGCUGGUGGGUGUCGGUGGUUCAGGAAAACAAAGUCUUUCGAGAUUGGCCUCUUUUAUAGCUGGAUAUCAAAUAUUCCAGAUUACAUUAACCAGGUCUUAUAAUGUGAAUAAUCUAACAGAUGACUUAAAAGGUCUGUACAAAGUUGCUGGUGCUGAUGGAAAAGGUAUCACCUUCAUCUUUACUGACAAUGAAAUAAAGGAUGAGGCAUUUCUAGAAUAUCUUAACAACCUGUUAUCUUCAGGGGAGAUCUCCAAUCUGUUUGCACGAGAUGAGAUGGAUGAAAUCACUCAAGGUCUGAUAUCGGUGAUGAAAAAGGAGCUGCCUCGCCACCCUCCUACCUUUGAUAAUCUGUAUGAGUACUUCAUUUCAAGAUCAAGGAAGAACUUGCAUGUUGUUCUCUGCUUCUCUCCAGUUGGUGAGAAGUUCCGAGCCCGUUCUUUGAAGUUUCCUGGCUUGAUAUCAGGUUGCACCAUGGACUGGUUUAGUCGCUGGCCGAAGGAGGCCUUGAUUGCGGUGGCCUCCUAUUUCCUUUCAGGCUAUGGUAUUGUCUGCUCCAGUGACACUAAACGACAAGUCGUAGAAACAAUGGGCCUCUUCCAUGACAUGGUUUCCGAGAGCUGUGAAAAUUACUUCCAACGAUACCGCCGAAGAGCACACGUGACUCCCAAGUCUUAUCUCUCAUUUAUAAAUGGUUAUAAAAACAUUUAUACUGAAAAAGUGAAACAUAUCAAUGAACAAGCUGAACGUAUGAAUAUUGGUCUUGACAAGCUUAUGGAGGCGAGUGAAUCUGUGGCUAAGCUCUCUCAGGAUCUUGCUGUAAAGGAGAAGGAGUUGGCGGUGGCUUCUGUAAAAGCAGAUGAAGUACUGGCAGAAGUCACGGUAAGUGCUCAGGCGUCAGCCAAAGUGAAAAACGAAGUGCAGGAGGUGAAAGACAAAGCCCAAAAAAUUGUGGAUGAAAUCGACAGUGAGAAAGUAAAAGCUGAGACCAAGCUGGAGGCGGCCAAACCUGCCCUUGAAGAAGCAGAGGCAGCCCUGAAUACUAUCAAACCAAAUGAUAUCGCCACAGUCAGGAAACUUGCAAAGCCCCCGCAUCUUAUUAUGAGAAUCAUGGACUGUGUCCUGCUACUGUUUCAAAAGAAAAUUGACCCAGUCACUAUGGAUCCAGAAAAACCUUGCUGCAAGCCUUCCUGGGGAGAGUCAUUAAAAUUGAUGAGUGCAGCAGGGUUCCUGUGGAGCCUUCAGCAGUUCCCCAAGGAUACUAUAAAUGAAGAGACUGUUGAGUUGCUCCAGCCAUAUUUUAACAUGGAUGAUUAUUCUUUGGAAAAUGCCAAAAAAGUCUGUGGGAAUGUGGCUGGUCUGCUGUCUUGGACCCUUGCUAUGGCAACAUUUUAUGGUAUCAAUAGAGAAGUGUUACCUCUGAAGGCUAACCUGGCCAAGCAGGAGGGCCGUCUGGCAGUUGCUAAUGCUGAGCUGGGGAAGGCACAGGCUCUGCUCGAUGAGAAACAAGGCGAGCUGGAUAAAGUACAAGCAAAAUUUGAUGCAGCCAUGAAUGAGAAAUUGGAUUUGGUAAAUGAUGCGGAUAUGUGCUGGAAAAAGAUGCAGGCAGCUUCCACCCUCAUCGAUGGGCUGAGUGGAGAAAAGAUCCGAUGGACUCAGCAAAGCAAAGAGUUCAAAGCUCAGAUUAAUAGACUCGUGGGUGAUAUUCUGCUGUGCACCGGAUUCCUUUCCUACCUUGGUCCUUUCAAUCAGAUAUUUAGGAACUAUUUGCUUAAAGAUCAAUGGGAGAUAGAGCUGAGAGCUCGGAAGAUUCCUUUCACAGAAAACCUGAAUCUUAUUUCAAUGUUGGUGGAUCCUCCAACAAUUGGGGAGUGGGGGCUGCAGGGAUUACCAGGAGAUGACCUCUCAAUCCAGAAUGGCAUCAUUGUGACAAAGGCCACCAGGUACCCACUCCUCAUAGACCCACAGACUCAAGGCAAAACUUGGAUUAAAUCAAAGGAAAGAGAAAAUGACUUGCAAGUAACAUCUCUGAACCAUAAAUAUUUCCGCACACACUUGGAGGACAGCCUUUCCUUGGGCCGACCCCUUCUUAUUGAGGACAUUCGUGAAGAGCUGGAUCCAGCCCUGGAUAAUGUAUUAGAAAAGAAUUUCAUUAAAUCAGGCACCACAUUCAAGGUGAAAGUCGGUGAUAAAGAAUGUGAUGUCAUGGAUACAUUUAAACUUUAUAUUACUACGAAGUUACCCAACCCUGCCUUUACCCCUGAGAUCAAUGCUAAAACGUCAGUCAUUGAUUUUACCGUCACUAUGAAAGGACUUGAGAAUCAGCUAUUAAGGAGAGUGAUUUUAACUGAGAAACAGGAAUUAGAGUCUGAGAGAGUUAAACUUUUGGAGGAUGUGACUUUCAACAAACGGAAGAUGAAGGAACUUGAAGACAACCUUCUCUACAAGUUAAGCGCCACAAAAGGUUCCUUGGUAGACGACGAAUCUCUCAUUGGUGUUCUCCGAAUCACCAAGCAGACAGCAGCUGAAGUAAGUGAAAAGCUGCAUGUGGCUGCAGAGACGGAGAUCAAAAUUAACACAGCUCAGGAGGAGUUCCGACCUGCGGCCACCCGCGGAAGCAUCCUCUACUUUCUCAUCACAGAGAUGAGCAUGGUCAACAUCAUGUACCAGACCUCGCUCGCCCAGUUCUUAAAGUUAUUUGACCAGUCCAUGGCCAGAUCUGAGAAGUCUCCGCUACCUCAAAAGAGAAUUACAAAUAUUAUUGAGUAUUUGACAUACGAAGUUUUUACAUACUCUGUUAGAGGCCUGUAUGAAAACCACAAAUUUCUCUUUGUACUCCUCAUGACCUUGAAGAUUGAUCUUCAGAGAGGAACAGUGAAGCACAGAGAGUUUCAGGCUCUCAUUAAAGGGGGAGCAGCUCUGGACCUGAAAGCCUGCCCUCCCAAGCCGUUUCGCUGGAUCCUGGAUAUGACCUGGCUGAAUCUUGUAGAGCUGAGUAAACUUCCACAGUUUGCAGAAAUUAUGAACCAGAUAUCUCGUAAUGAGAAGGGAUGGAAAAGCUGGUUUGAUAAAGAUGCUCCAGAGGAAGAAAUUAUCCCUGAUGGAUAUAAUGAUUCACUGGAUACCUGCCACAAACUUUUACUUAUCAGGUCUUGGUGCCCAGACCGUACUGUUUUUCAAGCAAGAAAGUAUAUUGCAGAUUCUUUGGAGGAGAAGUACACAGAACCAGUUAUCUUAAACCUGGAGAAAACUUGGGAAGAAAGUGAUACACGGACACCUUUGAUAUGUUUCCUGUCCAUGGGAUCUGAUCCCACAAUUCAAAUUGAUGCAUUGGCCAAGAAACUGAAGCUGGAAUGCAGAACUAUCUCAAUGGGACAAGGACAAGAGGUACAUGCUAGAAAGCUGAUUCAGAUGUCCAUGCAGCAGGGUGGCUGGGUAUUACUGCAAAAUUGUCACCUUGGCCUAGAAUUCAUGGAAGAAUUGCUAGAGACAUUAAUCACCACUGAAGCCAAUGAUGACUCCUUCCGAGUGUGGAUAACUACUGAGCCCCAUGAUCGAUUUCCAAUUACAUUGCUUCAGACUUCUCUCAAAUUCACUAAUGAGCCACCACAAGGCAUACGCGCAGGUUUGAAAAGAACAUUUGCCGGAAUUAAUCAAGACCUUCUGGAUAUCAGUAAUUUACCCAUGUGGAAGCCGAUGCUUUACACAGUAGCGUUUUUACACUCCACCGUGCAGGAGCGACGCAAAUUUGGUCCCUUAGGAUGGAAUAUUCCCUAUGAAUUCAAUUCUGCUGACUUUGCAGCCAGUGUCCAGUUCAUUCAGAAUCACCUUGAUGAAUGUGAUAUUAAAAAAGGUGUAUCAUGGAGUACUGUUCGGUACAUGAUUGGAGAAGUUCAAUAUGGAGGACGAGUGACAGAUGACUUUGAUAAACGUCUACUUAAUUGCUUUGCUAGAGUCUGGUUCAGUGAGAAGAUGUUUGAACCAUCAUUCUGUUUUUAUACUGGAUAUAAAAUCCCCUUGUGCAAAACCCUGGAUCAGUAUUUUGAGUACAUCCAGUCACUGCCAUCCCUAGAUAACCCUGAAGUCUUUGGGCUACACCCUAAUGCUGAUAUCACGUAUCAGAGUAACACUGCUUCUGCUGUUCUUGAAACAAUUACCAACAUUCAACCCAAAGAGAGUGGAGGCGGUGUGGGAGAGACCCGGGAAGCCAUCGUUUAUAGAUUAUCUGAAGAUAUGCUGAGCAAACUGCCUCCUGAUUACAUUCCUCAUGAGGUGAAAGCUCGUUUGGUAAAGAUGGGACAUCUUAAUUCAAUGAACAUAUUUCUUAGACAAGAAAUUGACAGAAUGCAGAAAGUCAUCUCAAUCCUUCGCAGUAGCCUGAGUGAUCUAAAAUUGGCCAUUGAAGGAACAAUCAUUAUGAGUGAGAAUUUGAGAGAUGCCCUGGACAACAUGUAUGAUGCUCGCAUACCUGAGAUCUGGAAAAGAGUGUCCUGGGAUUCAUCCACACUGGGCUUCUGGUUUACUGAACUUCUGGAAAGAAAUGCUCAGUUUUCUACUUGGAUAUUUGAAGGGAGGCCCAAUGUAUUUUGGAUGACUGGUUUCUUUAAUCCCCAAGGCUUUCUCACAGCAAUGAGGCAAGAAGUGACUCGUGCCCACAAAGGCUGGGCCCUGGACUCCGUGACCAUCCACAAUGAAGUUCUGCGGCAGACCAAGGAGGAGAUCGCAUCGCCCCCUGUGGAAGGUGUAUAUAUUUAUGGGCUAUAUAUGGAUGGAGCCGCCUGGGACAGACGGAAUGGGAAGCUUACAGAACCCGCCCCCAAGGUGCUCUUCACGCAGCUGCCUGUGCUGCACAUCUUCGCCGUUAAUUCCACCGCACCCAAGGACCCCAAGCUGUAUGUGUGUCCUAUUUACAAGAAACCCAGGCGUACUGACUUGACCUUCAUCACUGUGGUGUAUUUGCGAACAGUUUUGUCCCCAGAUCACUGGAUCCUGAGAGGAGUGGCUCUUUUGUGUGACAUCAAGUAAAUUCAUUUCCACUUGCUGAGGGCGCUGUAGCCACGUAGUCAGCCAGUGCUAAUGAGAGCCAUGGUGAUGUGUGUCUUUUCUCCCGGGUAACUGCUGGAUUACUCUUUUUAAAUUAAAAAGUUGAUAUUCUACAAUCA